ACCUCGCUUUACAACUUAUCUACGUGAAUAAUCACAAACAUGAUCACAAAUUGAUCACAGUUAUAAGUGGUUAUAAGUAUACGUAUAGCCAGAAACAGCCAGAAACUUCUCUCUCUGGCAUCGCUUAAGAUAAAAGGAUGAAAAGGAUUGCGCUACUAUCAACUACUAUAAUAUUAUAGAGCUCUACUUAUUAAAAACGUGCAUGCAUGUAUAACGAGUGUUCUUGCAUACACAAGUAUACCCAACAUAAGAAAUUGAUUAGUUAAAGCUACAAUAAAAUAAGUAACACGGUAUUUAAAUCAAUUGAUAAUAAGUUAGGAGAGAAUUGAGGUUAUGCCGCAUCUGCUUCGCAGCUAUCUUUAUCGCAUAUAAAAAAAUAUGUUUUUGUGUACACUCUACCCGAACCAUGUCGGAUGCUUUUGAGGAAAUACAAGCGAUCAAGAUAAAGAGGAACAGCUAUCGUGAGAAAUUACAGAAAAGAAAACGCGAGAGGCAUGAAUUGUACACGCUCACCUCCACGCCGGUUUCAUCCACCUUGACGGCAGAAUCGACGUGUCCUGGUAAUGAACAUUCUAAUGCAUCUUCACGCUCAGAUCACAGUGAAUAUGAAAGAGAUGUACUUUGCAUCUUGCACGAGUCUAUGCCUAGUCUACCAAUAACAUCUGCAGACUUGAUAGACCAACUACGUAAAAAUCUCAAUGCUGAUGUAUCUUCUUCAGACAUCCAUAAGAUUCUGGAGAAGUUGGCUGCACAAGAUAUAGUUAAGAUUAAAGAAGUUACAGAAAAUGGAGUAUUUGGUUAUACGGUGUUGUCAGUAACAGAAUCCCAAUCUUCAUGUCAAUCUCAGUCCGAUGACACAGAAAAUGCUGAAAGCAUAGAAAUGUCUAUGUCUGAGUUAAAUGAUCAUGUGCCUCCAGAGAAACAGGCAAAAGUCGAGAAGAAAAGCACAGAGGACAUCAUGUCCUUGAUUUCGAUGCCAACUAUCAGAGAAAAGGAGAGUAAAAAAGUUGGCGAACAAAUCCUGGAUCUAUUAUCGAAGCAGACUUCCAAGGAGAAAUCUCUGGCUGAACGAUUUCGUUCUCAAGGAGGUGCUCAAGUCAUGGAGUUCUGUCCACACGGUACAAAAGUAGACUGUAUGAAGUUGAAUGGUGGCCCAGGAUUCGCGGACAAGUGUAAAAAGUUACACUUUAAAAAGAUCAUACAGAGUCACACAGAUGAAUCUUUGGGAGACUGUAGUUUUCUCAAUACCUGCUUCCACAUGGAUACAUGCAAAUACGUUCAUUACGAAGUCGAUGGUCCUACAGCCCAACCGAAGGAAAUCAACGAUUCUGAUAGUCCAAGCAAUACCGCGUCGAACAAGACGUUGAACUUGGAUAGCAAAAACGGCAGCGGUAGCAGCGGCAACGUAGGUAGCGAGUUGACUCUGUAUCCUCCACAGUGGAUCCAGUGUGAUUUGCGUUACCUUGACAUGACUGUUCUUGGCAAGUUUGCUGUAAUUAUGGCUGAUCCGCCAUGGGACAUUCAUAUGGAAUUGCCUUAUGGCACCAUGUCAGACGACGAAAUGAGACAAUUGGGGAUUCCGGCGCUCCAGGAUGAGGGACUCUUAUUCCUCUGGGUAACCGGUAGAGCCAUGGAGCUCGGAAGGGAGUGUCUGCAGCUGUGGGGCUAUGAGAGAGUCGAUGAAAUCAUCUGGGUCAAGACCAAUCAGUUGCAAAGGAUAAUACGAACCGGUAGAACGGGCCAUUGGUUGAACCAUGGCAAAGAACACUGUCUGGUUGGCAUGAAAGGCAAUCCUCGUAUCAAUCGAGGAUUGGACAGCGAUGUGAUCGUUGCCGAGGUUCGCGCCACCAGUCAUAAACCCGAUGAGAUCUAUGGCAUUAUCGAGCGCAUGAGUCCUGGCACCAGAAAGAUCGAAUUAUUCGGUCGGCCGCAUAAUGUACAACCCAACUGGAUUACGUUGGGCAACCAGGUGGACGGUGUUCAUCUGAUUGAUCCACAACUUAUUAAAGCCUUCAAGAAACGUUAUCCCGACGGAAACUCGAUGAAGCCUACUAAGCCAUAAAAUUAUCCUCGGCCAAUAAAAAGUUGAAAGGAGAAAAUACGAUCAAAUUUCUGAAGAAUUUAAUAAGUUAAAUCGGUUAAAUCUUAUUGUUUAAAAAAAUUUAGACCAAGUGUUUUUAAAAAAAUGAUUUAUAUCUCUUUUGUACACAAUGUAUUGAAUUCAUUAUAAGAAUAACUUUCAGACAUUAUUGUUACACUCUCAAGUAUAAUAUUUAAACUUGCCAAGUUAUUUUUUUUUUUAUAUUUUUCAAAAAUUUUAUAAACUGUGAUUAAAAUCUUUCUAUCUAAAUAGACAUGACGUUUAUCGAUAAUAAAUUGAGACCAUUUCACGUUUUGUUAGUUUAUUGCAAGAAAAUGUGUAUAUAAAUUUUAUUUAUCAUAUAAAUAUAUGCUAAUACAAAAUGAAUGCAUAUAACUAUAUAUAAAUAUAAGACUGACGUUCCGUGAAUAUUUUGAGAUGGAUAACAUUUGUACAUAUAUAUUACACUAUUUUUAAAUCAUGCUUCGCCCAGCAUGUACGUACACACAUCCACACAUACACACACACGUGUAAGCUGUGUGCUCUUAAUAAAAAUUAAUUACUGAGGAA